CACGGGAAUCCCGUUUCGGGUGUCGGCACGCGCGAGCGCACGAGGUGGAAGCGACAUGGUCGCGCCGGCUCCGCUCCCCGCCGCCGCCGCCUCGGACUCCGCCUUGGCCCGACUGACCUCAUCGGGCCGGGUGGACGAAGAGCAGGUUAAGAAGGCCGUGGAAGCCCUGCAGACGCAUUCCAAGAACCGGAAGAACGCGAAGGGGCUGCUUCUGAACGAGAAUGAGAAUCUCUUCCUCAUGGUGAUACUGUGGAAGAUUCCCAGCAAAGAGCUGCGGGUCAGGCUGCGCUUGCCCCAUGCCAUUCGAUCCGACUUAGCAGAAGUCUGUCUGUUCACCAAGGAUGAGCCCGAUUCAACGCCAGAGAAGACCAAGAGUUUCUACAGGAAGCUCUUGAACAAGAAAGGAGUUAAAAUCAUUUCACAGGUCGUCCCGCUGCGCACGCUGAAGACCGAGUACAAGGCCUUCGAGGCCAAGCGCCGCCUCCUGGGCAGCUUCGACCUCUUCCUGUCCGACUCGCGCAUCCAGCGGCUCCUGCCCACGUACCUCGGCCGCCACUUCUACAGCCGCAAGAAGUUCCCCAUCCCCAUCAACCUCCAGGCCAAGAACCUGUCGCGCGAGAUCCUUGAGUCCGUGGGUGGGACUGUCCUCAACAUCUCCAAGACCGGCUCCUGCAGCACCGUCCGCGUGGGCCACUGCGGGAUGGCGGCGCGCUGCGUGGUGGAGAACAUCGUGGCUGUCACCAACGGGCUCGCUCAGAAGCUGCCGGAGAAGUGGGAGAGCGUGAAGCUCCUGUACGUGAAGACGGAGAAGUCGGUGGCCCUGCCCAUCUUCUCCUCCUUCGUCAGCAGUCAGGGCGUCAAGAACCGGCUGAUGCAGAAGAAGAAGAAGGAGGAGGAGGAAAUAAAGGAAAAGAAGAAGAAACUUGCCGAGAAAAAGGCGAAGAAGAAACUGGAGAAGCUCAAAAAGGCCGCCAAGGCCGCCUCGACCCCGACCCCCACCUCCGAGGAAGAGGCCCCUGAGACGAGCACCCCUCCGGCGAGCACCCCUGCAGCGCAGAAGGCGGGCCCCGCGGAGAGUCGGGGGGAGGAAGGCAGCGCCGAGGCCCAGCCGGGCGGGCAGAGCGAGCCUGAAGAGGAAAUCCCGACGCUGGUGCCCAUAGAGGCCACGCCCAGGAUGCCAGCGGUGACCCCCGCCCCCCAGGAAGAGGCCCCCGAGACUAGUGCUCCUCCGGCGAGCACCCCUGCAGCGCAGAAGGCAGGCCCCUCGGAGAACCGGGAGGAGGAAAGCAGCGCCAAGGCCCAGCCGGGCGGGCAGAGCGAGCCCAGAGAGGAAAUCCCGACGCUGGUGCCCGUAGGAGCCGCGCCCAGGACGCCGGCGCCCAAGCCGCAGAAGCCCGGGCCCAGGAAGCCUGCCCCGCAGCCGGCCGCCACCCCCCUCGGGCAGAAGAGAAAGUCCCUCCCCGCGCCCCAGACCCCCGCAGCCACCAAGCCCGGCACCCCGGCGAGGGGGACCGGCAAGAAGCCCCGGAUCCAAGAAGAGGCCAAGGACAAGAAUCCCACCGUGGGGAAGAGAGACCCAAGGCCGCAGACGCCGAAGAAGCCAGAGGCCAAGUUCUUCACCCCGGCGAAGUCCGCCAAGACGCCCCGCACCCCCAAGGGCCGCACGCCCGGCAAGCCCAGUGCGUCCCCGGGCAGCUGAGCGCCCGUGUGCCCUGUCUGUCCCCUAGUAAAGUCUCGUGUUGGACCCUG